GUGGCGCGUGCGACGAAGUCCUCUUCCACGUCCGCCAUUUUGAUCUGGAGUUGUAGUGAUAAUACACUAGAUAACCUGCAACCAUGGGUGGUGUGUUUGCUAAGCUUUUCUCUGGCCUCUUCGGCAAGAAGGAGAUGCGUAUAUUGAUGGUCGGACUCGACGCAGCCGGUAAAACAACGAUAUUGUACAAACUGAAGCUCGGCGAGAUUGUGACAACUAUUCCCACAAUUGGUUUUAAUGUAGAAACAGUAGAAUACAAGAAUAUCAGCUUCACUGUGUGGGACGUCGGUGGCCAGGACAAAAUUAGACCACUGUGGCGACAUUAUUUCCAGAACACGCAAGGUCUCAUCUUCGUGGUGGACAGUAACGAUCGAGAACGUUGUGGAGAAGCUCGGGAGGAGCUCAGCAGGAUGUUAAACGAGGAUGAACUCCGAGAUGCAGUUCUAUUAGUUUUUGCCAACAAACAGGAUUUACCAAAUGCUAUGAAUGCCGCUGAAGUCACUGAUAAACUAGGUCUUCAUUCACUUCGCAAUAGAAACUGGUUUAUACAAUCAACUUGUGCAACAACUGGAGACGGACUCUAUGAAGGACUAGAUUGGAUUGCAAAUCAACUCAAGAGUAUGGGAAUAACAUUCAGCAACCUCCUCUCCAAGUUAUUUGGUAAAAAAGAGAUGCGUAUUUUGAUGGUCGGACUAGACGCAGCUGGUAAAACAACCAUAUUGUACAAACUGAAGCUCGGAGAGAUUGUGACAACUAUUCCCACAAUUGGUUUUAAUGUAGAAACAGUAGAGUACAAGAAUAUCAGCUUCACGGUGUGGGACGUCGGUGGCCAGGACAAAAUUCGACCACUGUGGCGACAUUAUUUCCAGAACACACAGGGUCUUAUCUUUGUUGUGGACAGUAAUGAUCGCGAGCGUAUCGGUGAAGCACGAGAGGAGUUAAGUCGAAUGUUGGGUGAAGAUGAACUCAGAGAUGCUGUCCUUCUAGUAUUUGCUAACAAACAGGAUUUGCCAAAUGCUAUGAAUGCCGCCGAGAUCACUGAUAAACUCCACCUCCAUUCACUCCGUCAGAGGACGUGGUUUAUUCAGGCGACAUGUGCAACCAGCGGGGACGGACUUUACGAGGGGCUAGACUGGUUAUCCAAUCAGUUGAGGAAUAACAAAUAAGAUGAUUGUAUGAGUUUGAUUCUUGUGACAAGCGAGGGCCAAAUUUUUUUUUAUUAUAAUUUGCUGUAAACCCCUUUAUUUUUGUAACAGUGAAAAAAUCAUACAGUGAUGUGGUACCUGAUUCGUAAAUUGUUAUG